AUGCGUAUCUUCAUUCAUCUUGUCUACUUUCUAACUAUUAUAUUAUGUAUUUUACAACGAAUCAUUGGCAAGGAUUGUCGAUGUGAAUGCUGUACAACACAAAACUGUAGUCCUAAAAAUAUUGGUUAUCGUACUUUAUGGUUUUGCUCAGAAGCGAGUUCGUGUACGCCAGUUUAUUGCACUGAUUGGUAUCCUCAAAAUUGUCCACCACGUGGUUCACCUGGUCAAACACGCGCAAUAUGUGUAUCUCCUGGUCAUGCUGGACGCUUACUACCAACUUCAUGCAUUAUAAUUGUAUUUGUUCCAAAUAGUAUUCGUCGACCGAUGCCGAAAACCGACUAUCCACUUUGGAAUACUACAACAAUAACAACUCCCUAUCGACGACCAACAACCGUUCCUCAGAUACGUUUAGAUUGGCUUCAAAGCAUGGGUCUCAUCUCAAAAACGUCUACAACGAAGAUGAAGCUUUAUAAACCACGCGUGUAA